UCGUAGUUACACAAUCCCGAACAAGUAAAAACUACUCUAGUAUUCUUUGGCCACAACUGUAAUCAUUUGAGAAACAAUUGUAUUUUGUACCGACGGAAUUAUAAUGAAACGACCAAGUGUAAUUGGUCCUACUCGUUCCACCAAUGUACUCGUUACUUUGGACCGAUGACACGAUUACCGAACAAUCACUACUGUAUAGGUAACCGUGGUUUUGGAAAACACACGUUAUCGGCAUAGUCUGUAUAUUCGUUAAUUUUUUAUUAUCGUUCUGAUAAACUAAUUAUGUUCAAAAUUAAGCGACUUGAGAUCUCAAAUUAAUCAUUUUUUGCGUGCAGAAUUACCAAAAUCAGUCAAAUUCAAAGUUUUGAAAAUAAUAUUAAAAUUUCAAUGCCUCCAAAAAAGAAACCUGUUGCUACCAAUUCUAAGUCUACAGCUUCUAAAGGUGCAAAAUCAAAUGAUGAGUCGAAUAAAUCCAAAGAAGUAAAAGGUGGAAAUGCAGUGAAAGUAAGACAUAUUCUUUGUGAAAAACAGUCUAAAAUAUUAGAAGCUCUAGAAAAAUUACAAAAUGGUGAAAAAUUCAAUGAAGUAGCUACAAAAUACAGUGAAGAUAAAGCAAGAAGUGGAGGUGACCUAGGCUGGAUGAUUCGAGGUUCAAUGGUUGGUCCUUUUCAAGAAGCAGCAUUUGCUCUUCCAAAUUCAACCAUUAGUAGUCCUAUUUAUACUAAUCCACCAGUUAAAACUAAAUUUGGUUAUCAUAUAAUUAUGGUUGAAGGAAAAAAAUGAUCACUUAUCUAAUUUAGACUCAUUUUAAAUUUUUUUAAAAUAUUAAAAGUAUUUACUUCAGUUGGUCAGUUAUAUAUGCAUUAAAUAAGUAAUCUAUAUUUGUGUAUUACAUGUGAUAUACUUUUUUAAAUAAUAUAUAAUUGUUAUGUUU